CUCGGUUUAGUGGUUGGCAGAAUACUAGUCCAACAAACUACCUCUGAGCCCUUCACAAUCUGAAGGGGAAAAAAUGAAAGGCAAUUUCUCUCCUUUUAUGUAUCUCCCGCCUCAAAACCUAAACCAUCUUCACACAAUCACAGAUUUCAAUAAUUUUUAUAACAACUUCAAUACAAUUCUUCUGUCAUCAACUCAAAAUCACAAUUCUCCUAACCCUAACAAAGUUUUGAAGAAAAAUGGCAAAAAAUUCAGAAGAAACAACCACAACCUCAAUUUCUCUUCAACUUCCCUUUCGAUUGAAAACCCAGAGGAACCCACUUCUCAAAAUUGGCUUAAAAUACAACCAGCCAAUAAAGGAAGCUCAAAAGUUAAAGUGCUUUUAAAAAAUGUAUCUGUUAUUGAAAAGGCUUUGAUUGGUGCAACAGCAGGAGGAAUUGCAGGUGCUUUUACUUAUGUUUGUCUACUUCCACUUGAUACUAUCAAAACAAAGCUUCAAACAAAAGGGGCUGACAAAAUUUACAAUGGUACAUUUGAUGCAAUUGCUAAAACCUUUCAAAGUUCUGGAAUUUUAGGGUUUUAUCGUGGUGUUUCUGCUGUGAUUAUUGGUUCUACUUUCUCUUCUGCUAUGUAUUUUGGUACUUGUGAAUUUGGUAAGUCUGUGUUGUCUAAAGUACCGAAUUACCCUGCUGUGCUUAUUCCUCCUACUGCUGGUGCAAUGGGUAAUAUUGUUUCUUCUGCAAUAAUGGUUCCGAAAGAGCUUAUUACGCAGAGAAUGCAGACCGGGGCAAAGGGUAGGUCUUGGGAGGUUUUGGUUAAGAUAUUACAGAAAGAUGGGGUAUUGGGUCUUUAUGCUGGUUAUUCUGCAACAUUACUUAGAAAUUUGCCUGCUGGUGUUUUAAGUUAUUCUUCAUUUGAGUAUUUGAAAUCUGCUGUGUUGAGUAAAACUGGGCAAGAGAAUUUGGAACCUUUACAAAGUGUGUGUUGUGGGGCAUUGGCAGGGGCGAUUUCAGCUUCAAUUACGACGCCACUCGAUGUGGUUAAGACUAGAUUGAUGACUCAGGUUCAAGGAGAGACUAAGAAUAAGGUUUCUGCUGUUGUUUAUAGUGGGGUGAAUGAAACUGUUACGCAAAUUUUGAAGGAAGAAGGAUGGGUUGGAUUUAGUAGAGGAACGGGUCCUAGGGUUGUUCAUAGUGCUUGUUUUGCAGCUUUGGGUUAUUUUGCAUUUGAGACGGCUAGGCUUACUUUGCUUCAUCAGUAUCUCAAGAAGAAGCAGGCUGAAGAGAUGGUCAAUACUUCUGUUUAACUCAACAUCUGUAUUUAAGAUGGUGGAUGUUACAUCUUUGCUACCCUUCCCUCUCUGGCAGUUCAGCUCAUAUUACAUCGGUGCCUUACCAGCAAGUAGAUCAGCUUCUGGUCUUCCUUGAGCUCAAUACAACUGUAAGCUGAGAUAGAAAACAAUAGGAAUGAGAAAACCCUAACUGUUUAUGCCUGAGAAUGGUUUGUAAAAUUCAUUACUUAUAUAGGUUUAGACUUCAAACACAGUUUUGAGUUCUUAUGACAUGAAAAGGUCGGAAGUGAGAAAGAUGCGGAUGACACGUUAAUAACGUGUAACUUAAUUCCUACUCAACUCAAUCAGUUUUCCAGAAAAUAAUAAGAAAUGGAAUGUAGGUCUUACAGUUGUUUUUGAACUAA